GAAACACCUGUGAUUGAUAAGAACGAUCCAUCUAGAUAUUUAAUAUUUCGAGAUUUUCUCUUGAAUCGUGCAGCUGAGUCCCAAGCUUGUCAAAAUAGGAUUUUGUGGGCGAAUCUGUCAAAACAUCGGAAAAGCGGACGCGGUAAACACGCCAGAAACAUAUCGUCCAUCGCUCGAAGGCCCGGUUGAAGGGACAAGCUCUUGCGCCGUAGUUUCUGAAACAGCGUCAGCACGGGAGACCAAAGCAGCAACAUGAAGCCGAACGUUGUGGUGGACGAAAUGUUCCCCGAAGGCCCCGGCCCAUUCAUGGAUUUGGAAGAGGCCGGCGGUUCGUCUGGUUUGCUGAUGGAUCUAGCAGCCAACGAGAAGGACGUGCAUGCGGACUUUUACAAUGAUUUCGAGGAUCUCUUCGAUGAAGACGAGGAUGCACAGAUUUAACGGAUGGACGGUGUAGAUCAGACUGCUAAUGGAGUGCUGUAGAAGAGGAGAAUAAAGGGCCAAACGGAAAAAA